AUGGGGCAGCGCUGCCACGGCGUGGUCACCGUCGCUCUCUGCCUAUUUUGCCUGAGGGGUCUCACACGAUGUUUUCUGACUUCGACGCCGUGCCCGGGGCUCCGACGACGUGAUCACACGUUGCACUGGCUGGUCGCGACAGGGUUCGCGCCAGCAGCCGAAGCCUUUGAAGGUGACGCAGCCUGCAUUCGGGAGGCUGCCAGGACACAAACGCUGCAAGACCCAGUCCUUGCCCCAAGCUUGCUGCGGCUUGCCUUCCAUGAUGCCGCCACCCGUCGACCGGGAGACAGCCGCCGCCAAGGCCCCAAUGGAUCGAUCCGCUUUGAGUUGAUGCGGGAUGAAAAUUACGGACCGUCCAUGGCUGCUGCGCUGGCAGCCGUGGAGAGUAUCGUGCAACGCUGCAAGGUGAGCUGGGCGGAUGCUAUUGCUGUUAGCGGCGCUGCGGUUGUUGAGGCCAUGGGAGGGCCCGUGAUACCCGUCGAAACCGGGAGGUCGGAUGCCACGGAACCUGAUACUGACAAACGCUUGCCUGACGGCACUCUGACUUCCGGGGCGAUCCGGGACUACUUUCGUCAGCUUGGGAUGUCGGACGCUGAGCUGGUCGCGCUUCUUGGCGCUCACACUGUGGGACGAUGGACGUCCUUGCUGGAUGUGCGUCCAGACUGCCUCGACAAGGAGGGCGGUCAAUGA